CUUGUUUCUUCUUCCUCUUCUUCUUCUCCAAGUCUCCCACAUACUAAGAGCUGUUUGGAGAGCGACUUGCAUUUCUGAAAGAGGAGCUGGCAGCCGUCUCGUCACUAUCAGACGUACCCAUCGAUCGCUGUUGUUUCGGCAGAGAAGUACUAAUGGAAGCUGGAUUGAAUCCCCUAGUGGUCUUCUGGAGUGGACGGGGGAUCCAUGACACGGUGGCGGUGAGCUUCGCAGUGACCCAUGUCACGGUGGUGGUGAGCUUCGCAGUGCAGGUCACGCUUCUGCUCUUGGCAGAUAUUCGUCGUUGCACAGACUGGCCCGUGCUAAAGGCCAUCGUUUGGUCAGCAUACAUGCUGGCUGACACGGUCUUCUGGAGUGGACGGGGGAUCCAUGUCACGGUGGUGGUGAGCUUCGCAGUGCAGAUUACGCUUCUGCUCUUGGCAGAUAUUCGUCGAUGCACAGACUGGCCCGUGCUAAAGGCCAUCAUUUGGUCAGCAUACAUGCUGGCCGACACGACGGCCAUAUACGCCUUGGGUCACCUGUCCGUGGUCGUCACGUCGACCGAGCACCGCCUUAUGGCGCUCUGGGCGCCGCUGUUGCUGGUGCACCUUGGCGGGCAAGAUAACAUCACUGCCUAUGCCAUCGAGGACAACCGGUUGUGGCUCCGUCACCUGCAGGCUUUCGGAGUGCAGCUCCUCGCAGCUGGCUAUGUGUUGUAUGCGUCUUCCAUUCUCUUCCACCCAUCCUUGCUCCGCUGGGCCGCCAUCCUCAUGUAUGUGGUCGGGGUUCUCAAGUGCGGGGAAAGAGUAUGGGCGCUCAUGGGUGCCAAUAGUUGUGCCAGUAGCAGCCUAUCCAUCACCAGCUACAUGGAUUUCCAUGCUGAGCAGGCAUGUGGUUUUCCUGCAGACUGUCCUGUGGACAUGGCACAGGAAGUCAACCAGCUAGUCAUAGCUUACUCACUGUUGGACAUCCCCAAGAAAAUGUUUGAGGGGCCGACACCUUAUGUGAAAAUUGAGAAUGACACAAGUUAUGAAGGAGACUUUAUCUUGGAAGUGGUCCAGAGACAGCUCACAAUGAUGUACGACCUGUUGUUCACCAAGGCUGCAGUGAUGCACACCCGGUAUGGCUUUGCCGUCCGUCUCAUCUCGCUGCCUUUCACUGUGGCCGCACUCCAGUUGUUGUUCCAUGCAUUGAGAGACGAAGAUGGUUACAGAAGAGCAGAUGUCAUUGUGACCAAAGUUUUGCUCAUUGGUGCAGUUAUCCUGGAGGCCAUUUCAGUGAUGAGGUUCACGUUCUCCAUGUGGACAGCCGCACUGCUGUAUGAAAGAAAAUGGUAUUUGCUUGGCUGGGUGGAUCAGUUACCUGAACUGGUCUUCUCUUUAGUCAGGGUAAUUGUACAACGUAGAGAAAUCUACAGCUCGGGCUCGGGCCACAUGCGCCAGCAAAGCUUGUUUAAGGUGUUCUUUGGCACUAACCACAGCAGAGGCAGCAGAAUCGCAAGAAGUAUGGGACUGGCGGACCUGUGGGACUCAACGUUCUACUCAUGGUCCACUCCUGUCCCAACAGCAAUCAUUGAGAAGGUGUUGGAACUAGUGUCGGCAACUGAUGGCAGUGGAUCUAAUGAUGCUAGCCAGAUUGACAUCACGAAUUCACGGGGCCGGAAUACCCUAAGGAGAUACAGCCUCUCCUUUUUUUUAGAAAAGGGAUACAGCCUCUCCUUAGGGAAGGACCUAGCAUGGAGCGUGGGAUUGGAUCUGGAUGAGAGCAUCCUUGUGUGGCACAUCACCACUCAUGUCUACCUCGAGUGGUUAGAGAAGAACGCUCUUCGCGGAGUACACUUAGCAAGGUUUUGUAGGGAAAAUGAAAAAAAGGUGCAACUUCUUCAGGGAACAAGGGCUCUCUGCAAUUAUAUGUUUUAUCUGCUGGUCGCCCGCUCCUACAUUCUGCCUGUUACUCGUCAGAGGUAUAUCCAGCUGUGCCAUGAUCUGAAGACACGCUACGACGCCAGGGACCUGCUCGAUGCCAUAUUGUACCAGAAGGAUGCUUUGCUCGGAGGAUCUCCAGUUCAACCAAAUGGUAUGUCUCAGAGCAGUGGAACUGCUCAGCCGCCGGUCAAUAAUACAGGGGUCGGAGGAACUGCUCAGCCUUCUUCGAUCAACAGCACACUUGACCUCGGAUGUAAGCUUGCAGCACAACUGCUCCACACAGCGGAAAAAGAAGUGGAUGUUGUUCGCAUCCUGGAGAUGGUCUUUGAAGUGUGGGUGGAGAUGCUAUGCUACACGGUCUACCACUGCAACGAGAAAUCUCAUGCAAGAAACCUGACAAACGGUGGCGAGCUCAUGACCAUCGUUGCUCUUAUGAUGGUAUACAAGUCAAAUGGUUUUAUCAAGUCAAAUGGUUCUUCGGCUUAGUUGGACCAAGUAGAUGUGUUGCCAAAUUGGAUUGGGGUGCACGCAUCUAUCUUUUGAAACAAGUCUACAUUUCCAACGGUAUUUACUAUGCAUGCAGUCGUCUCGAAUAAUCGCUUGCUUCUUGUGGUUGUUAAUUCAACCAAGUCCUCGUUGAUGAUGAUAUGCACUGGACAGAUCGUCAUAUGUAUGUGUGAGGUUGUACCAUGUUUCGUUUCCACUGAAUUUUGCAUUUUCUGCAGCCGUUCCACGAAGCUGUAAAACAAAUAUCUAUCUGUACUCUAUUUCGUAUAAGACCUAUUCUGUAAUCUUUAUUACCAGAUGUCUUUCUUCCAGAUUCGUGCUGGCAUGUUGUU